GGAAAAUAAAUGUACAUUGACGCCAAACUAAAGCUUUCCUGGAAAAGAAAAAUGGAGAAGAGGCCGUCUUUCUUUUUUGCCUUGCUGUGCUGGUUCUUGUACGCGGCCAAUCCUUGCACUUGCUCGCAAAAUGACACUGAUCGGCUUGCAUUGUUAUCUUUCAAACAAGCUAUAGAACGAGACCCAUUUCAAGUAUUGAGUUCUUGGAACAAUUCGCAACACCACUGCGAUUGGCAUGGAGUUUUCUGCAGUCGUCGACAUCCUGGCAGAGUAAUAGCCUUGAUCCUCAGAUCACGAGGCUUGGUGGGGCCUCUGUCUCCUCACAUAGGAAACCUUUCUUUUCUUAGAGUCAUUAACUUCCAAAACAAUACCUUCUACGGCGAAAUCCCACAAGAGAUUGGUCGUCUUCAACGCGUCCGGCAUCUCAUACUAUCCAACAAUUCAUUUGCUGGAAAUAUACCAGCAAACUUGUCUCGUUGCUCCAACCUUUUGUUUCUUGAUCUCAUCGACAACAAGCUCAUCGGUAACAUACCUGCCGAGUUAGGCUCUUUACCAAAACUUGGUGCUUUGGGCUUGGCAGCAAAUAAUCUUACAGGAAGGAUUCCUCCUUCUAUAGGGAAUCUCUCAUCUCUUUACCAAAUCUCUAUACGAACAAACAACUUGCAUGGACAGAUUCCUGAAGAAUUUUCGCGACUUGGGAAGUUAAAAGACAUGUUAUUUGCAGAAAACAGUCUAAGUGGUGAGAUUCCUCCAGGUCUCUAUAACAUCUCCAGCAUUGAGAUAUUUAACAUGAAUCAGAAUCAAUUGCAUGGAAGAAUCCCAGCUGAUGUUGGUCUUACUCUUCCAAGGUUGUCUUCCUUUGUACUUUCAUAUAACAAGUUUACUGGGUCGAUACCUGUUUCGCUAUCAAAUGCUUCUGGGCUUAUGAAAAUUGUUCUAUUCUCGAAUAAUCUUACUGGUUCAAUUCCAAAAUAUCUUGGAAUGAUGCCCAAUCUUCAGCAUGUGAUACUUGCAGUCAAUCAGCUUAAGGGUGACUUAAGUUUUAUUGAUUCUUUAACUAACAGUUCUAGAUUACUACAGAUCAAUGUUGCAAGGAAUUUGCUCAAUGGAUCUAUUCCCAAAUCCAUAGCCAAUCUCUCAAAAACUAUGUGGCUUCUGGGUCUGUCAGAAAAUCAGUUGCAAGGUACCGUUCCUUUGGGUCUUGACAACCUUGUAAAUUUGAGAAUCUUGCAACUUGCUUGGAAUCUUCUCUCUGGACCUCUUCUUACAGAUUUCGGGAAAUUUCAGAAAUUGCAAUAUUUGACUUUGUCUGACAACAAUUUCGGUGGAGCUAUCCCAUCUUCACUCAGUAAUUUAACUUUUCUCAGUGUUCUUUACAUGAGGAACAACAAUUUACAUGGAACUAUACCUCCAGCUCUUGGCAAUCUUCGUAGCUUGAUCGAGUUAGAUCUUCGUGACAAUAGUCUCAAUGGUUCAAUUCCCCCAGAAGUGAUCAGCCUUUUUUCUCUUUCUUUCGCACUUUCUUUAUCUCACAAUCAACUUACUGGUUCUGUUCCAUUAGAAGUUGGCUCAAUGCAAAACAUUUUGCUGUUGGAUUUAUCAGACAAUAGAUUAUCUGGCACAAUUCCAAGCUCAAUAGGAAAGUGUCUGAAUCUAGAAGGGCUUUUUCUGGAGGGUAAUUCAUUUGAAGGAGAGAUACCUCAGGCUCUUAGUACUUUGCAGGGUUUAAGAGAGCUGGAUAUUUCCCGGAAUAAUCUUUCUGGGAAAAUUCCAGAUUCAUUAGUUGAGCUUGAUGGGUUGAACCUUUUGAAUAUUUCUUUUAAUAACCUUGAAGGAGAAGUGCCAAAACUGGGAAUCUUCUUGAAUUCAAGUGCUGUUUCAUUGUUGGGAAACGAUAAUCUCUGUGGAGGUAUUGCAGAUUUGAAGCUUCCUCCUUGCCCUUUUCCGAAAUCCAACAAGAAUAAAUUCUCCUCUUCACUAAAAAUAUCAAUCUCAGUGGUUGGUGCUGCAUUAUUUUUACUGUUGUUGGUGGGUUUCUUAUUUUUCUGGCGCAGGAAAAGAAUGUCUAGAAGUAAAGGAAUUUCAAUGCCAUCAUUCAAUCUGCCAUUUUUGAGAAUAUCCUAUGCAGAACUCUUCAAAGCCACAGAUGGAUUCUCUACGUCGAACGUAAUCGGCUCCGGUAGCUACAGUUCUGUCUACAGAGGAAUUCUUGAAGCAACAGGAAAUGAAAUAGCAGUCAAAGUGCUAAACCUGCAAAGAACAGGGGCAUCUCAGAGUUUUAUGUCGGAAUGCAAAGCUCUUAAAAACAUUAGGCACAGGAAUCUCAUCAAGAUACUGAGUGCUUGUUCUAGCAUUGAUUUUGAAGGAAAUGAUUUUAAAGCUCUGAUUUACGAAUUCAUGCCUAAUGGAAGCUUGGAUAAAUGGCUGCAUCCUGGCAAUGCGAGGGAAGAUGGGCAUAUGAAUUUAAUGCAGAGGCUGAACAUUGCCAUUGAUAUAGCUUCUGCAAUAGAGUAUCUUCAUAAUGGUUGCUCAUCCACAAUCGUCCAUGGUGAUUUAAAGCCGAGUAAUGUUCUUCUAGAUAAUGAGAUGACUGCCCAUGUUGGUGAUUUCGGAUUGGCUAAGUUUGUCUCUGCAAUUUCUGGUGGGGCUGAUCAGCAUCUGGGGAGUUCUUCUCUCGCCAUCAAGGGAACUAUCGGUUAUGUAGCUCCAGAGUAUGGCAUGGGUGACAUGGUUUCAAUAGAAGGAGACAUAUAUAGCUACGGAAUUCUAUUGUUGGAGAUGUUUACAGGGAAGAAACCAACUGACGAUUCUUUUAAAGAUGGACUUAAUCUUCAUGUUUAUACUGAGAGAUCUUUGCCAGACAAAGUAAUGGAAGUUGUUGAUCCGAGCAUUGAUCUAUCUAAUGAUGGAAGAGAGAGCUUAUUAAACUGUAUGGUCUCGGUGAUGAGAAUUGGAGUUGCAUGCUCUGAAGAAGUUCCGGCAGAGAGAAUGAAGAUGGUAGAUGUAAUAAGGGAACUACAUAAAAUCAAAGACGCAGUAGCGGAGAAAUACUCGCCGAUAUAAACGCUAAGAGGUAAAAUAUUUAUUGAAAUUUUAAUCUAUUAUUUAAAAAGGAAGAGUGUCGAAUCACCUGUGGCAUCACUUAUUUAUUAUAGUUUGAAUUUUAUAUUUUUUUAGCCGUUAAUUAAAUAAUGUUAAACUUGUAACCUCUGUUUAUUUUCCAAUGCUCCAAUCACUAUUUCCAUAUUGUG